CCUGUUCUGAUUUCGUAGUGCCUCACCCUUGAGGUGUUCCUAGGGCUUAUCCAGCUGCAGGUCUUUCUUUUUCGUAGGCUCCACCCUUGCGUUCCGCUUUAGGCACUUUUGUUGGCUCUUUGGGAAUAAGCACAAUACAAUAACAUAGCUUUCUAUGAUAAAUAUGAGUAUACAUUAGCACAACAGUGGUCCUUUCCUAACUCGGAACUCUAGAGUUCAGACGACUAGUCGUUGAGGAGCUCGUUCUACAGGAGCCAUGGGUGUACCAGCAUUCUACAGAUGGCUCAGCCAAAAGUAUCCCAAAAUUGUAAAGGACUGCAUAGAGGAGUUCCCGGAACUGGUCAACGGCGUCGAGGUCCCCGUGGAUACCUCCAAGCCAAACCCCAACGGGAUGGAAUUUGACAACCUCUACCUGGACAUGAACGGCAUCAUCCACCCCUGCUUCCAUCCUGAAGACCGGCCCGCCCCCACCACCGAGACCGAGGUCUUCAUCAACAUAUUCGACUACAUCGACCGCCUCUUCUCCAUCGUGCGGCCGCGCAGGGUGCUGUUCAUGGCCAUUGACGGUGUGGCCCCGCGUGCCAAGAUGAACCAGCAGCGCAGCCGCCGUUUCCGCGCCGCACAGGACACCGCGGAGAAGGAGCAGGAGGAGGCGCGCAUCCGGGCGGAGUUCGAGGCGCAGGGAAUCAAGGUUCCCAAGAAGGAGAAGACCGAGACGUGGGACAGCAACACCAUCACCCCCGGCACCCCCUUCAUGCACCGCCUCAGCGUGGCGCUGCAGUACUACAUCCACGUGCGGCUCAACGGGGACCCGGGCUGGAGGGGGCUGGAGGUGAUCCUGUCCGACAGCAACGUCCCCGGCGAGGGCGAGCACAAGGCCAUGGCCUUUGUUCGCGAGCAGCGCGGCCGCCCCGGCUGGAACCCCAACACGCGGCACUGUGUGUACGGCCUGGAUGCGGACCUCAUCAUGCUGGCGCUGGCCACACACGAGCCGCACUUCGCAAUCCUGCGGGAGGUGGUCAUGAACGUGGCGGCGCCGGACCAGAAGGAGCAGCUGCGAGCCCAGAUGCUAGCCCGCAACGACCCCACUGCGCCGCAGCCGCUGCCGGAGCAGGAGGAGCGCAAGGCGCAGGUGGCCCGCAAGCCCUACCAGUUCCUGCUGGUGGGGGUGCUGCGCGAGUACCUGGCGCUGGAGCUGCGGGUGCCGGACCUGCCCUUCGCCUUCGACCCGGAGCGCGUGUUCGACGACUUCGUCUUCAUGUGCUUCUUCUGCGGCAAUGACUUCCUGCCGCACAUGCCCACCCUGGAGAUCAGGGAGGGCGCCAUCGAGCUGAUGAUGCGGGUGUACCGGCAGGAGCUGGCGGGGCUGGGCGGCUACCUGGUGGCGGGGGCGGAGGUGCAGCUGGGGCGCGUGGAGGCGUUCAUACGCAAGAUAGGCGCGUUCGAGGACGCCAUCUUCUCCAAGCGCAUGAGGGAACUGAGGCGGCAGAAGGAGCGGCUGGGCCGGCAGAAGGCGGACCAGGCCCGGCACAAGGGCAAGCGCAAGUUCAGUGCCAGCGACGCCGCCCCCUCCGCCGGCCACGUGAGUCGGGAGGUGGCUGGCGGGCACAUGCGGGCGCUGGGGCGGGGGGCGGUGGAGGCGGAGCGGGAGGAGCGGGCGGCGGC